UUCUUUCUAAACAUUGUAACGGCGUUAAAGUGAAUAUAACCCAUUGACACACGAAGAUGAAGGGAAAAGGGAAAUAAAGGAGGAACCGAGGAACCUAAUUAGGGUUUUCUUUUCAAUUGCUCCAUCGAAGAAGAAGGGAAUAGAAAAAAAAAAUAAAAUAAAUGGGCUCAGUUUUGAGUUCACCACGGAAUAGGGAUCGGAACAGGGGGCGCGAUGAGAUUAGCCACACUAAUCCCAACAAGAGGCUCAAAAUUUCCCCAGUCGACUACAAUGAGAACCCUCGGCUCAUCCCGGCUCUCCCCGAUGAGAUUUCGCUGCAAAUCCUUGCUAGAGCGCCUAAAAUUCACUACUUAAAUCUAAAGAUGGUUAGCCGAAGUUGGAAAUCCGCGAUCACCAGCCGCGAGCUUCUUCAAUUGAGAAGAGAGCUCGGCACUGCUGAAGAAUGGUUGUAUGUGCUAACCAAAGUUGAUGCAAAUAAUCUCACUUGGCAUGCCCUAGACCCCUUAUCUGGAAAAUGGCAAAGGUUGCCGCCGAUGCCUCACGUGGUAAAUGAGGACGAGUCCAACAAGAGGGGCUUGUCCGGGUUUAUGAUGUGGAAUGUGGUGGGCUCUAGCAUCAGGAUCGUCGAUUUUGUGAGAGGAUGGUUCUGGCGAAGGGAUGGGUUGGAUCAAAUGCCAUUUUGCGGCUGUGCCGUAGGGGCCGUUAAUGGCUGUCUCUAUGUCUUGGGGGGGUUUUCGAGGGCUUUGGCCCUGAACUGUGUCUGGCGAUACGAUCCGUGCCUUAACUCAUGGGAGGAGGUGAAUCCCAUGACCUCCGGUCGGGCUUUUUGUAAGACCGGGCUUUUGAACAAGAAGCUCUAUGUUGUUGGAGGGGUCAGCAGGGGUAGAAAUGGCUUGAACCCUCUGCGCACUGCCGAAGUGUUCGAUCCGGAAACAGGCUUGUGGACCGAAUUGCCGGCCAUGCCUUUUAUGAAAGCACAUAUACUGCCUACUGCUUUCUUAGCUGAUAUUCUGAAGCCUAUUGCUACCGGAAUGGCUUCAUAUGGGGAGAGAUUAUACGUUCCACAGAGCUUGUGCUCUUGGCCGUUCAUUUUCGAUAUCGGAGGUGAGAUUUAUGAUCCCGAGACGAAUUCAUGGGCGGCAAUGCCAGCUGGCAUGGGAGAUGGUUGGCCAGCUAGGCAGCCUGGUACGAAGUUAGGUGUUGUGGUGGAUGGAGAUCUGUAUGCCCUGGAACCUACUAGUUCCCUGGAAAGUGGUAAAAUAAAGAGGUAUGAUCAUCAAGAGGAUGUGUGGAGAGUUGUUGUACCAACUGUUCCAUUUCACGAUUUCACCGACUCAGAGGCUCCUUAUUUUCUUGCGGGCUUUCUCGGGAAGCUUCAUGUUAUUACGAAAGAUGCCGACGAUAACAUUACAGUACUGCAAGCUACCGUGCAGAAGCAGGGGUCAUCUUCUUCUUCGUCAUCCUCAUCGGCUCCUACAACCAACUUUAUCUCUGAAAAUGCAGCACCCUUAGUGGAAGAGGAAACAAACACAUGGAGGGUCAUUGCUAGUAGGGAUUUUGGAGCAGGAGAACUUGUAAGCUGUCAGGUUCUAGAAGUUUAACAUAUGAUGGACGUUUUUCUUGAUGCGUUAGGACUUUUUUGUGAAUCAUAAGCUUGUAUAGGUCUAUGUGUUUUUUUUUUUUUUUUUAAUUUAUUUUUACUGCUAAUAGUUUGAUAUUGUUGGAACUGAGCUAGCCUGUUUUAUUUUGUAUAGAUGAUGCAAGUAGUCACCUAUUCAAUACGAUGUUUUAAAAUUUUGCCGUCUCAAAGUCACUUCCAGAUCUUGUGUUUUUAGUCA